AUGCCAGCUCGUCAAUUAAACCUCCCUAGCGCCUUGGUUGGGGGAAAUAACUUAGUUGUUGACCCAAAGGGGAAAGUAGCUCUUUCUGAAGAAGCUGCUAAAAAAUUGGCUCCUGAAUCAAUUUCUUACUUACCUACUUGGAAUAGGAACGAAAAGUAUGAGCCAUACGAAUUUCAAGAACACCAAGAUAAUGCCUUAAAGGCUGAUAAAAACUUGCCAAAUUUGUUUCCAAAGGAUAAAAAAGUUGAAGUGACUACAAUCUCUCCAAAGUUGGGUACUGAAAUUAAGGGUGUCCAAUUGUCUCAAUUGAAUGAUGCUGGUAAAGAUGAAGUUGCUUUGCUUGCUUCCCAAAGAGGUGUUUUGGUUUUCAGGGACCAAGACUUGAUUGCCAAGGGACCUGAGUACUUGACCAAAUAUGUAAGUCAUUAUGGUACAUUACAUAUUCAUCCAACUUCUGGCGCCCCACAAGGUCACCCUGAUAUUCACUCAGUUUUGACAGGAGAUUCCAAGGAGGACCCAUUUCAAACUAGAAAUAGACUUGUUGGUUUCCACUCUGACGUAAGUUAUGAAUUGAACCCUACUGGUGUUUCUUUCCUCGCUGUCACCAAUAUCCCUAAAACCGGUGGAGGUGAUACUGUUUUUGCUGAUAACAUUGAGGCUUACAAUCGUUUGUCACCUAAGUUCCAAGAAAAGUUACAAGACUUGUAUGCUGUUCAUAGUGGUGUUGAGCAAGCAAAUCAUGCUGCUGUCAAAGGAGGUGUAGUCAAGAGACACCCAGUUGAAAAUGUGCACCCAGUUGUUCGUACCACUCCAUCAGGACAAAAGGUUUUGUAUGUCAAUACUGGCUUUACUAGAAGAAUUGCUGACUUGAAAACAGAGGAAUCUGAGUACUUGUUGAAAUUUUUGCUUGACCACGUCAAUAAUGGUCAUGAUUUCCAAAUCAGAGUCAACUGGCAACCUGGAACUGUUGUCAUCUUUGACAACCGUAUUGUUAGCCACUCAGCAAUUUUGGACUUUGACACUACCGAUUCAAGAUUGAUUAUUCGUGCUGCUGCUAGAGCUGAGAGACCAGUCCACGACUUGAAGGACUUGAACAAGCCAGACGAAAAUCUUGUUUACGAAGGUCCAGAGUAUAUCGGAGGUAGAUAG